CGUCGACGAGCUGGUGAAGACCACGACGGACGUGGCCGCCGAGCUGGUGACGCGCAUGGAGUGCGCGUUGGACGAGGAGGAGGGGACGCGGAAGCUUCUGGAACGCGCGAGGGCGGCGCGGGGGGCGAACGGGACGCUCGUGUCGUUCGGAUCCGGAAGCAUAUCCGGAACGUCGGAAACGUCCUCCCCGCGGGAAAAGGCUUCCGCGAGCUUCAUCACGGGAUCGACGGUUGACUCCCCCGCGUUGCUUCGCGUCGGGGGCGGGUACGCGGGGUCGCCCCCGAAGCACGGGCACGCGCUGCGGGCCAAGAUGGCGCGGGACCUCGAGAUGCACGUCAGGGCUCUCACGCAGCGCGCGAAGAAGGCUGCGCGGGAGGCUGACUUGCUGGAGAGGCACCUGGCGAGGGUGGACCGGUUUCAGGACGAGUCGGUCGGCGAGCUGGAGCUCGCGCUGUGGCUCCUGCGCGGCGUCGACGAGCUGACGCGGCGGGAGAAGGCUGAGCGCUUAGCGGCGGCCAAGGCGAGGUCGGACAAGUUCAAGCCGUCGGGGCAGAGCGUCAAGUACGGCAAGCUCAAGUCCAUCGCGGACAAGAAGAGAACGGCGAAGAAGAAGCCGGCGACUGUAGACGACGACGCCGCCGGAGCCGACGAGCCGCCGUCGCCGCUUCACCGUCACCGCGAGCGCGUGCAGCAGCGCCGCCGCGACGACGCCGACCUUCUUCGCGGGUUCGACCUCGACGGCGGAAUGAUCGGCGCGGUGUCGAAACGUCAAACCGGUUCAAACGACGACACAGCUGUGCGCAAGGCUCUCGCCGGCGCGAUGGAGUCGGCGGCGGUUUUAGACGACGACGACGACGACGACCGAGGAGUCGAGGUGGCGCCCGAGGAGACGACGUCGACCCCGCCCCCGUCGCGGGCCGUCGCGGGCGUUCAUCGUGGGAGCGCGCUGCCCCCAACCCCGGGCGCAGACGUGAGCGCCAAGAUACUCAACGACGGAAAAACCCCGGUUCGUCUGACGAGCGUCGAACGAUCAUCGGACGUUCGCGGGCCCGACGCCGAGGGUGCCGAGGGUGCCGAGGGUGCCGAGGAGACGUUCCACACGCCGGCGACGGAGCCGGAGCGCGCGUCCCGGCCGACCCCGAGCCCCCGAGCCCGGCAGACCCCGAGCCCGUCGCCCUCCGAGCGCAAGAGCACGUACAUCCUACCCUUCGGCAAGAGCACGUACAAAUUGUUCAAGCGAAACGUGCUCGGCAUACCGUCGAAGAAGGACAAGGUGGGGAGUAAAGGGUAGAUUCGAGUCCAGUCGUCGUCGCGCGUGUACAUCAAGGUAUUCUGACUAAAUUUUUAAAGCCUAUUCGCAGCGUCGUAUCCACAUCCAUCCCCUCGGUGCCCUACAGCGCACCCGUUUCCCGGCUCGUCGUCGACCCAUCACGUCUUGGGGUAGUAGCCAGGGUUCUGCUCGGGCUGCUGGUACUGGACCGCGGGCUGGGGCUGCUGGAAGUAGGUCACCGUCGCACCGGGAGGAGCGACGACGGCGCCGGGCGCGGGGUGGAACUCGGUCUUCUUGUCACACGGGCAGCAGAAGACGAGGCAACUGAGUGGCGGAAAGAUGCAGAACAGGCCCGCGCAGCUCAGGCAGGUGAUGGGACCGGGGUAGACGACCUCCUCGUAGUGGCCCGGCACGCCGUUCACGUACACCAUCUGCUGGGGGCUCGGGGCCUGGCCGUGCUCAUAGCCCGGGGGCUGGCCGUAGCCCGGCUGCGCGUAUCCAUAUUGAGGUACAUGUUGGACCUGGACCCCGUAGGGCUGAGCGGG